AAGACUUGUUGACAGUCAAGCAGAAUCCUCCGAACGUCAGAAAGAGUUAAUUAGACAAUGUAUAGAAGAGAUGAGACGGUCUUUGAAGAAGGCACUAGGGUGAUGCAAGAAACUGGGGAAAAAAGUCGCAGAACAUUGCAGGCUGUUUCAGAACAAGUGGUUGAGCAAGUGCGACAGCCCAGAUCUGAGAUCCUUCCUCUAGUCGUUGAAAUGCCCAGACAGAUUCAGGAAGCCCCAAUCCCAGCACUCGGGGGGCAAGGGAAUCAGCCUCAUCCUAAUAUUCAACAGCAGCAUUUUGUCAUUGGUGAAGGGCAAAGACAACACCAAUUGAUGGAGGCUGCUACUCCUGUUGCAGACCAUGGCCAUCAACCUCAGCAUAGGUAUAUUCCACCAGUUAGGAAGGGAAAUAAUCAACCAGCUCAAUUCUUCAAUAGAGACCAUGGGCCAGCCUUGAGGCCAUUGGAAAAUAUUGAUAAGGGUAUCUUGAAAUUUCCAGACAAAGCGAAGGAAACCAUGGGAGUGGAUGCAGAUCCUUUUCUAGUUGUGUCUGUUGGCGUGAAUGUUGCAGACCUCAAGAGUGUUGCCAGAAAUCGUAGUCUGCCAUAUGCUCAAAGGAACCUUACUGCCGAAGACUUGAGGUGGGUUCUUGAGGCACAGAGAUCCAAACAUAUCAGGAGCGUCAGGUCAGACCAACAGAGGCUCGAGGGGCAAGGAAGGAUCACUGUGACCAGGAACUUCAGUCCAGAAGGUGCCAGACGUUACUCAACUGGUACUAGGUCUCCAAGGAUGGUCAAACCGCCACUCAGGUCACCUUCUAAACGGUGGGAGAAAGUCAGUCAUCCUAAGUUUCCAACCCAGAAUCCCAGAACCUUGAGGUGCAGACUGCAACGUAAGAGGGCUGAAGAGCGAAAAAGGCAACAGAAGCAGGAUGAUGAAGAGGAGGACAUGGCUGACAAAAUUGUGUUUGAAAAACCAGAAGAAAAGAUGGCCAGACACAUUAGGCCAAUUUAUAUCAAUGCUCAUAUGGAUGGGACUCCAAUCAGCUGUGUCUUGGUGGAUAAUGGAGCUGCAGUCAAUGUCCUUCCAACUUGCAUGCUCUACAAAAUAGGCAAGUCUCUUGAUGAUUUAGUGCAUACUGAGGUUACAAUUAGUGAUUUUACAAGAGGGGUGAAUCGUUCAAGGGGUGUGCUGCCUGUUGAAUUAACAGUGGGAAAUAGGACACUGAUGUCUACGUUUUUUGUGGUGGAUACUGUUGCUACUUAUAAUGCACUUUUGGGGUGUGACCGGAUUCAUUCAAGUUUGUGUGUCCCUUCUUCACUUCACCAGAAAUUGAUUUUCUGGAAUGGAGGCAAAGUUGACGUCGUGUUUGCAAAUGAUAAGCCUUUUUCAGCGAAUAUCCACCUGGUGGAGGCUAGAUAUUAUGAAGAAGACAUUGGUACCAUUCAGUUUUUUGGGAUGGAUAGACAUGGAAAGCCGAUUGGGAUAACAGCAUGUAGCAGACCGUCAUUGUCUAAGCAUGUUGUAGAGGAGGAGGCAGACCGAGGUGUUGAAAUAACUUUGGAGGAGCUGGAUCUAACCCCAGCCAAAUUAGAUGAUUUAAAAGCUGAAAUUCAAGACCCACUGGAGGAGAUCAAUCUAGGGUCUGAAAGUGAACCAAAGGUAACAUUUAUCAGCGGCUCUCUUGAGCCGCAGACACGAGAUCAAAUUGUCCGACUUUUGCAUGAAUUUAAAGACUGUUUUGCUUGGGAUUACUCAGAAAUGCCAGGUUUGGAUCGAAAAUUGGUGGAACAUAAACUGCCAAUUGCAGAAGGAUUCAGACCGUAUAAACAGCCACCCAGACGCAUGUCUGCAAAGGUCACUUUGAAGGUGAAAGAAGAAAUUGAGCGGCUGGUAAAAGCUGGAUUCAUUCGGACAUGCAGGUAUGCAGACUGGUUGUCAAAUGUAGUGCCUGUGCUGAAAAAGAAUGGAAAAUUAAGAGUCUGUGUUGAUUUUCGAAACUUGAAUUUAGAUACACCAAAGGAUGAGUAUCCUAUGCCAAUUACAGACUUGUUGGUCAAUGGAGGAGCCCGUCACAAAAUUCUAUCUUUCAUGGAUGGUCAUAGUGGGUACAAUCAAAUUUUUAUUACAGACGCAGACGUUCCAAAAACAGCCUUUCAAUGUCCAGGUGCUGUUGGAACUUUUGAAUGGGUUGUGAUGUCAUUUGGUCUGAAAAAUGCUGGAGCUACCUAUCAAAGAGCCAUGAAUGCAAUUUUUCAUGAUAUGAUUGGUAAGUUCAUGGAAAUCUAUAUUGAUGAUGUGGUAGUGAAGUUACAUGGGGAAGCAGACCACCUGCGUGGUCUGGAGGUUGACAAGAACAAAGCUAGGGCUGUGAUUGAGGCGAAACCACCACAGAACAAGAAGGAGUUGCAAAGAUUUCUUGGCCAAGUUAAUUUUUUAAGACAGUUCAUUUCUAACUUGGUUGGGAAAACUAGAGUCUUUUCUCCUCUAUUGAAACUCAAGUCUAAGGUGGAUUUUAAGUGGGAAGAACACCACCAGUCUGCCUCUGAUAUGAUAAAGCGUAUAGAAACCAUGGCUGGAGCUGGAGUCGUGGUAAUCUCCCCGUCUGGGCUGAAAACACAGAUGUCUUUCCAGCUGGAUUUUGAUUGCACAAAUAAUCAAGCACAAUAUGAAGCUUUGAUUAUUGGUCUUGAGAUGUUGGUGGAGCUUAGAGUAUCCAUGGUUGAGGUUGUAGGGGACUCACAGCUAGUCUUGAAGCAAUUGUCUGGUGAGUACAAAUGUACUAGCCCUGCUUUAGCCCCUUAUUUUGCCUUGGCUGUGCAACUGCUAGAAGAGUUUGACGAUGUGUCCAUCAGACAUGUGCCUAGAGACCAGAACUAUGAGGCUAAUGAAAUGGCCCAGAUUGCUUCAGGUCUGCGAAUUCCUGAAGGUGUAAUGCAGAAAGUUGUAAUAGUUGAAAAGUGCAAUCUGCCAUCAAUUCAUCAACGUGGCAUGACAGUUUCUACUUGCAGCAUUGAUGUCACCCAGACAGACUGGCGCUUUCCAAUUAUUCAGUACCUUAAGGAUCAAAGUACUAAGGUAUCUAGGAAAACCAAAAUGCAAGCUCUCAAUUAUGUUUUGAUUGAGGAUGUGCUUUAUAGGAGAGGCCAUGAUGAACUAUUGCUACGUUGUCUGGGUCCAGAUGAAAGUUUCCAGAUGCUGUCUGAUGUCCAUGAUGGGAUUUGUGGUGCACACCAGGCUGGGAUCAAGAUGCGUUGGCUGAUUCGCAGACAUGGCCUCUUUUGGCCAUCUGUCUUGAAAGACUGUAUUGCUUAUGCUAAGGGCUGCAAAUCUUGUCAGAUCCAUGGGCCACUUCAAAGAGUUCCAGCCUCUGAACUUAAUUCUAUUGUGAAACCGUGGCCAUUUAGAGGCUGGGCUAUUGACUUAAUUGGUAAGGUGUAUCCCCCUUCAUUAAAAGGUCAUUCAUUUAUUAUAAUGGCAACAGAUUAUUUUACCAAAUGGGUGAAGGCUAAACCAAUGAAGAAGGUAGACCAAUCUGAUGUAAUCAAGUUCAUCAAAGAGGAUAUUAUUCACAAAUUUGGUCUGCCAGAAACAAUUACAACAGACCAAGGCACAGUUUUUGUUAGCCAUCAAAUGGAGGCAUUUGCAAAGGAAAUGGGUUUCCGUCUGUUAAAUUUUACUCCUCAUUAUGCACAAGCUAAUGGGCAAGCGGAGGCUUCUAAUAAGGUGGUGAUUAAUUUGCUUGAAAAAAUGGUGGAUGACAACCUCAGACGCUGGCAUGAACUGUUGUUUGAAACACUGUGGGCUUAUAGGACUUCACAAAGGAGUUCAACCAAGAUAACACCUUUUACCUUGACAUAUGGCCACGAUGCAGUCUUGCCAAUGGAGUUAACAGCCAGGUCUUUAAGAAUAGCAAUUCAACAUAAUCUCCAGUCUGGGGAAUAUGAUGAGGCCAUGAUGCUUGAACUUAAGGACCUUGAAGACACACGUUUGACAGCUUUGGAUAGAUUGCAAGCUCAAAAACUCAAAAUUGCAAAGUCUUACAACAAGAGGGUAAAAGGUAAAAAUCUGGCAGUUGGAGACUUGGUCUGGAAAGCAAUUUUACCUCUUGGCAAGAAAGAUCACAGAUUUGGGAAAUGGUCUCCAAAUUGGGAAGGACCAUUUCGAAUUCAUGAAGUGUUGAAAGGGGGUGCUUAUUGGUUGGAGUCACUUGAUGGAGAGCUUCAUCUCAGAAAAAUCAAUGGAAUUUAUCUUAAGCCUUAUUACCCGACAGUCUGGGAGGCAAGAGGCUUAGAGUCUUAAGAAGCUGUUUGAGCCAGGUUCAUACUUCUGUCUGUGCAUAAAUAAGUUGAUUUGCUUUCA